CGGAGGCAGCCACCGCGUGAGGAUGUGCCGGGUGGUCCUUUCCUCCUCCUCUUCCUCCUCCUCCCGGCUCCCAGCCUAGUCUCCAUAUAAAAGCGGCGCCGCCUCCCCGCCCUCUCUCACUCCCCGCUCCUCUCCGCCGCGCGCUCUAGGAGAGGGCGGAGGGGGAGGCGGCGCGCAGCGCCAGGAGGAGGGGGGACGCAAGGGGCGGAGCGGAGACAGCACCUUCGGAGAUAAUCCUUUCUCCUGCGGCAGAGGAGAGGAGCGGCGGGAGUGGGACACUUCGCCCAGGCAUAGCGGGCCGGCAGGAUGGCGACCGUGGUGGUGGAAGCCGCCGAGCCGGAACCGUCCGGCAGCAUCGCCAACCCGGCGGCGUCCACCUCGCCUAGCCUGUCGCAUCGCUUCCUCGACAGCAAGUUCUACCUGCUGGUGGUCGUCGGCGAAAUCGUGACCGAAGAGCACCUACGGCGCGCCAUCGGCAACAUCGAACUUGGAAUCCGAUCAUGGGACACAAACCUGAUUGAAUGCAACCUGGACCAAGAACUGAAACUUUUUGUGUCUCGACACUCUGCAAGAUUCUCCCCUGAAGUUCCAGGACAAAAGAUCCUUCAUCACCGAAGUGACGUUUUAGAAACAGUGGUCCUGAUCAACCCCUCAGAUGAAGCCGUCAGCACUGAGGUGCGCCUGAUGAUCACGGAUGCUGCCCGACACAAGCUGCUCGUGUUGACCGGGCAGUGCUUUGAAAAUACCGGAGAGCUCAUUCUCCAGUCCGGUUCUUUCUCCUUCCAGAACUUCAUAGAGAUUUUCACCGAUCAAGAGAUUGGGGAAUUACUGAGUACCACCCAUCCUGCCAACAAAGCCAGCUUAACACUGUUCUGCCCUGAAGAAGGGGACUGGAAGAACUCCAAUCUUGACAGACACAACCUCCAAGACUUCAUUAAUAUUAAACUCAACUCAGCUUCUAUAUUGCCAGAAAUGGAAGGACUUUCCGAGUUUACCGAGUAUCUCUCAGAAUCAGUGGAAGUCCCAUCUCCCUUUGAUAUCCUAGAACCUCCCACAUCAGGCGGAUUCCUAAAGCUCUCCAAGCCUUGUUGUUACAUUUUUCCAGGAGGGAGGGGCGACUCUGCACUGUUUGCCGUGAACGGAUUCAAUAUGCUCAUCAAUGGAGGAUCGGAAAGGAAAUCCUGCUUCUGGAAGCUCAUCCGACACUUGGACCGAGUGGACUCCAUCCUACUCACCCACAUUGGGGAUGACAAUUUGCCUGGAAUAAACAGCAUGCUGCAGCGGAAGAUUGCAGAGCUCGAGGAAGAACAGUCUCAGGGCUCCACCACAAAUAGUGACUGGAUGAAAAACCUCAUCUCUCCUGACUUAGGAGUUGUAUUUCUCAAUGUCCCUGAAAAUCUUAAAAAUCCAGAGCCAAACAUCAAGAUGAAGAGAAGCAUAGAAGAAGCUUGCUUCACUCUCCAGUACCUAAAUAAAUUGUCUAUGAAGCCAGAACCUCUCUUUAGAAGCGUAGGCAAUACCAUUGACCCUGUCAUUCUUUUCCAAAAAAUGGGAGUUGGUAAACUUGAGAUGUACGUCCUUAACCCAGUCAAGAGCAGCAAGGAAAUGCAGUAUUUUAUGCAACAGUGGACUGGCACUAACAAAGACAAGGCUGAACUAAUCCUGCCUAAUGGUCAAGAAAUAGAUAUCCCAAUUUCCUACUUAACUUCAGUCUCCUCUUUGAUCGUGUGGCAUCCAGCAAAUCCUGCAGAGAAAAUCAUUCGGGUCCUGUUUCCUGGCAAUAGCACCCAGUACAAUAUCCUGGAAGGACUGGAAAAGCUCAAACACUUAGACUUUCUGAAACAGCCACUGGCCACCCAGAAGGACCUAACUGGCCAGGUGGUGACUCCAGCUGUGAAACAAGUGAAACUGAAACAGAGAGCCGACAGCCGAGAGAGCCUGAAGCCAGCUGCAAAACCACUUGCGAGUAAAUCUGUCCGAAAGGAGUCAAAAGAAGAGACCCCUGACGUUGCAAAAGCUAAUCACGUGGAAAAGGCACCCAAAGUUGAAAGCAAAGAAAAGGUAACUGUGAAAAAAGACAAGCCCAUAAAAACAGAGACCAAACCUCCAAUGACCGAAAAGGAGGUCCCCAGCAAGGAAGAGCUGCCCCCGGUGAAAGCUGAGGUGGCUGAAAAGCCCACCACAGAUGUCAAACCCAAAGUCGCCAAGGAGAAGACGGUGAAAAAGGAAACAAAGGCAAAAUCUGAAGAAAAGAAAGAGGAGAAGGAAAAGCCUAAGAAAGAAGUGGCUAAAAAGGAGGACAAAACACCCAUUAAGAAGGAGGAAAAACCCAAAAAGGAAGAGGUGAAAAAGGAAGUGAAAAAAGAAAUCAAGAAAGAAGAGAAAAAAGAACCCAAGAAAGAGGUUAAGAAAGAAACCCCACUGAAGGAAGCCAAGAAGGAGGUGAAGAAGGAAGAGAAGAAGGAAAUUAAAAAGGAAGAAAAGGAACCCAAAAAAGAAAUUAAGAGACUUCCUAAAGACACAAAGAAAUCAUCUACUCCUCUAUCGGAAGCCAAAAAACCAGCUGCAUUAAAACCAAAAGUACCCAAGAAGGAAGAGGCUGUUAAGAAAGAUUCUGUUGCUGCUGGGAAGCCAAAGGAGAAGGGGAAGAUUAAAGUCAUUAAGAAGGAAGGCAAGACAUCAGAGGCUGCGGCCGCAGCCAUUGGCUCUGUGGCUGCCACUGCGGCUCUGGCAGCAGCAGCUGGUGUAGCAGGCGCUGGCCCUGCCAAAGAACUUGAGGCUGAGAGGUCCCUUAUGUCAUCCCCUGAGGAUCUGACCAAGGACUUUGAAGAGCUAAAGGCCGAAGAGGUCGAUGUAGCAAAAGACAUGAAGCCUCAGCUGGAGCUGAUUGAAGAUGAGGAGAAACUGAAGGAAACUGAGCCAGUCGAAGGCUAUGUCAUCCAGAAAGAGACAGAAGUCAUCAAAGGCCCUGCUGAGUCUCCCGAUGAGGGAAUCACCACCACUGAAGGGGAGGGUGAAUGUGAACAAACUCCAGAGGAGCUGGAGCCGGUCGAGAAGCAGGGAGUGGAUGACAUUGAAAAAUAUGAAGACGAAGGAGCUGGUUUUGAAGAAUCCUCAGAGACUGGAGACUAUGAAGAGAAGGCAGAAACUGAGGAGGCCGAGGAGCCGGAAGAGGACGUUGAAGAAAAUGUGUGUGUGAGCACCUCCAAGCACAGCCUCAUGGAGGAGGAGGAAAGUGCCAAGGCUGAGGCAGAUGUGCACAUUAAGGAGAAGAGGGAGUCUCUGGUCAGUGGAGAUGACCGGGCAGAAGAAGACAUGAACGAGGUGGUGGAGAAAGGAGAAGCUGAACAAUCGGAGGAGGAGGGUGAUGAAGAGGAUAGAGCCGAGGAUGCCAGAGAGGAAGAAUAUGAGCCCGAAAAAGCGGAAGCUGAAGAUUACGUGAUGGCCGUGGUCGACAAGGCUGCGGAGGCUGGCGGCGUCGAGGAUCAGUAUGGAUUCCUUACCACAGCCAUCAAGCAACCAGGAGCCCAGUCUCCUGCCCGAGAACCUGCGUCUUCAAUUCAUGAUGAGACUUUACCUGGAGGCUCAGAGAGUGAGGCCACUGCUUCUGAUGAGGAGAAUCGAGAAGACCAGCCUGAAGAGUUCACUGCCACCUCUGGCUACACGCAGUCUACCAUUGAGAUUUCCAGUGAGCCCACCCCAAUGGAUGAGAUGUCUACUCCUCGCGAUGUGAUGAGUGAUGAGAUCAACAACGAAGAGACAGAGUCCCCAUCUCAAGAAUUUGUAAACAUCACCAAAUACGAGUCUGCACUAUAUGCGCAGGAAUACAGCAAACCUGCUGUUACGACACUCAAUGGAUUAUCUGAAGGCUCAAAAACAGAUGCCACAGAUGGGAAGGACUACAAUGCAUCAGCCUCCACCAUCUCACCACCAUCGUCCAUGGAGGAAGACAAAUUUAGCAAAUCUGCUCUGCGUGAUGCGUACUGCUCGGAAGAGAAAGACCUAAGAGCCAGUGCCACACUGACGAUCAAAGAAUCCAUCCCAGCAGUCUCUGAUGAAAAACUGAGUCCACCCAAGAGCCCAUCCCUGAGCCCAUCUCCUCCUUCACCCAUAGAGAAGACCCCUCUAGGUGAACGCAGUGUGAACUUUUCUUUGACGCCCAAUGAGAUUCAAGUCUCAGCAGAGGCCGAAGCAGCCCCAGUGUCUCCUGAGGUGACCCAAGAAGUAGUUGAAGAGCAUUGUGCUAGUCCUGAGGAUAAGACCCUGGAAGUGGUGUCUCCCUCUCAGUCUGUAACUGGCAGUGCGGGCCACACACCUUACUACCAGUCUCCCACAGAAGAGAAGUCUAGUCAGCUCCCCACAGAAGUAACCGAAAAACCACCAGCGGUUCCAGUGAGUUUUGAAUUCAGUGAUGCCAAAGAUGAGAAUGAAAGGGCUUCCAUAAGCCCCAUGGAUGAACCUGUGCCUGACUCAGAAUCUCCCAUUGAAAAAGUUUUGUCUCCUUUACGGAGCCCUCCCCUAAUUGGAUCCGAGUCUGCAUAUGAAGGUUUUCUAAGUGCUGAUGACAAGGUUGCUGGUAGAGGUGCUGAAAGCCCCUUUGAAGGAAAGAAUGGAAAACAAGGCUUUCCAGACAAAUUAAGUCCAGUUUCUGACAUAACCUCUACUGGUCUUUUCCAAAACAAAGAGGAAGGGAAAAGCACAGACUUUAUACCAAUAAAGGAAGACUUUGGUCAAGAAAAGAAAGCUGACGAUGUCGAAGCUUUGAGUUCUCAAUCUGGACUGGCUUUAGAUGAAAGGAAGUUAGGAGGAGAUGUUUCUCCUACCCAAAUAGAUGUCAGUCAGUUUGGAUCUUUUAAGGAAGAUACUAAGAUGUCCAUUUCUGAAGGCACUGUCUCAGACAAGUCGGCUACUCCUGUUGAUGAGGGUGUAGCAGAAGACACAUACUCUCAUAUGGAGGGUGUGGCCUCAGUAUCCACAGCUUCUGUGGCUACAAGCUCAUUUCCAGAGCCAACAACAGAUGAUGUGUCUCCUUCUCUGCAUGCUGAGGUUGGCUCCCCACACUCCACUGAAGUGGAUGACUCCCUUUCAGUGUCUGUGGUGCAAACGCCGACUACUUUCCAGGAAACAGAAAUGUCUCCAUCUAAAGAAGAAUGUCCAAGACCAAUGUCAAUUUCUCCACCAGAUUUCUCCCCUAAAACAGCCAAAUCCAGGACACCAGUCCAAGAUCACAGAUCAGAACAGUCUUCAAUGUCUAUUGAAUUUGGCCAAGAAUCCCCUGAGCAUUCCCUUGCUAUGGACUUUAGCCGACAGUCUCCAGAUCACCCUACGGUGGGUGCGAGUAUGCUUCACAUCACUGAAAAUGGGCCAACUGAAGUGGAUUACAGUCCUUCGGACAUGCAGGACUCUAGUUUAUCGCAUAAGAUACCACCAAUGGAGGAGCCGUCCUACACCCAAGAUAAUGAUCUUUCUGAGCUUAUCUCAGUGUCUCAGGUUGAGGCUUCUCCAUCCACCUCUUCAGCACAUACUCCCUCUCAGAUAGCAUCUCCUCUCCAAGAAGACACUCUAUCCGACGUUGCUCCUCCCAGAGAUAUAUCCUUAUAUGCCUCACUCACCUCAGAAAAAGUACAAAGUCUAGAAGGAGAGAAACUCUCACCAAAAUCUGAUAUCUCGCCACUCACCCCACGGGAGUCCUCUCCUUUAUAUUCACCUAGCUUUUCAGAUUCUACCUCUGCCGUCAAAGAGAGCAUAGCAGUUUGCCACACUUCCUCUCCUCCAGCAAUGGAUGCAGCAUCUGCAGAGCCCUAUGGCUUCCGUGCCUCAAUGUUAUUUGAUACGAUGCAACACCAGCUAGCCUUGAACAGAGAUUUGACCUCAACUGGUGUGGAGAAGGACAGUGGAGGGAAGACGCCUGGUGACUUCAGCUAUGCCUAUCAAAAGCCCGAAAAAACAACCAGAUCCCCAGAUGGAGAAGGCUACGACUAUGAGUCUUACGAGAAAACCACCCGGCCCCCAGAUGUGAGUGGCUAUUACUAUGAGAAGACAGAAAGAACCACAAAAUACCCAUCUGACAGCAGCUACUCCUAUGACACCAUUGAGAAAACCACCAAGACUCCUGAAGAUGGUGGCUAUGCCUAUGACAUUGCUGAGAAGACCACCCGGAGCCCUGAAGAGGGGGAGUACAGCUAUGAGACAAGUGAGAAGACGAUGAGGACCCCUGAAGUGAGUGGUUACAGCUAUGAAAAGACUGAGAGGUCUAGAAGGCUCUUGGAUGACAUCAGCAAUGGCUAUGAUGACCCUGAAGACGGCGGCCACACACUUGGGGAUUCUAGCUACUCUUAUGAGACCACUGAGAAAAUUGCCAGUUUCUCUGAGUCUGGAAGUUUCUCCUAUGAGACAUCUACAACAGCUACACGAACCCCUGAGGCUUCAAAGUACUGUUAUGAGACUGCGGAGAAAAUCACCAGAACGCCCCAAGCAUCUACGUAUUCCUAUGAGACUUCGGACCAGUGCUACACUGCGGAAAAGAAGUCCCCCUCAGAGGCUCGCCAGGAUGUUGACUUAUGCCUUGUGUCCUCCUGUGAAUACAAGCAUCCCAAGACGGAACUCUCACCCUCCUUCAUUAAUCCCAAUCCUCUCGAGUGGUUUGCCAGUGAAGAGCCAACUGAAGAAUCCGAAAAGCCCCUCACCCAAGCAGGGGGAGCCCCACCGCCUCCAGGAGGAAAGCCACAGGGGCGACAAUGUGACGAAACCCCUCCCACCUCAGUCAGCGAGUCUGCUCCCUCCCAGACGGAUUCUGAUGUCCCUCCGGAGACCGAAGAGUGCCCUUCCAUCACAGCUGAUGCAAAUAUCGACUCUGAAGAUGAAUCAGAAACCAUCCCCACAGACAAAACUGUCACAUACAGACACAUGGACCCACCUCCAGCUCCCAUGCAGGACCGCAGCCCUUCUCCACGCCACCCUGACGUGUCCAUGAUGGACCCGGAGGCCUUGGCCAUCGAGCAGAACCUGGGCAAAGCUCUGAAGAAAGACCUGAAAGAGAAGACCAAAACCAAAAAGCCAGGCACAAAGACCAAGUCAUCGUCCCCUGUCAAAAAGGGGGACGGGAAGUCGAAGCCCUCUGCAGCUUCACCCAAACCAGCGGGCUUGAAGGAAUCCUCAGAUAAAGUGUCUAGAGUGGCUUCUCCUAAGAAGAAGGAAUCUGUGGAGAAAGCAACAAAAACCACUACCACUCCCGAGGUCAAAGCUGCACGUGGGGAAGAGAAAGACAAGGACACCAAGAAUGCCGCCAAUGCCUCCACAUCCAAGUCGGUCAAGACUGCAGCUGCAGGACCAGGGACCACCAAGCCUUCCAAGCCUUCAGCUGUGCCUCCAGGCCCCCCUGUGUAUUUGGACCUGUGCUACAUUCCCAAUCACAGCAAUAGUAAGAAUGUGGAUGUCGAAUUUUUCAAGAGAGUGAGGUCAUCCUACUAUGUGGUGAGUGGGAAUGACCCUGCUGCCGAGGAGCCCAGCCGGGCUGUCCUGGAUGCCUUGUUGGAAGGGAAAGCCCAAUGGGGCAGCAACAUGCAGGUAACCCUGAUCCCUACUCACGACUCAGAAGUGAUGAGGGAAUGGUACCAAGAGACCCAUGAGAAACAACAAGACCUCAACAUCAUGGUUUUAGCAAGCAGCAGCACAGUGGUUAUGCAAGAUGAAUCCUUCCCUGCAUGCAAGAUUGAACUGUAAAAACCAAGGCCAGCCACACCACAGGAUUUGAACUUUGUUUCCAGAAAUUCUUCAAUUUGAAACCACCUUUUCUAAAAAAGUCAAUUCAUCUAAAUAGGUCACUGAACUGUUUGUUACCUGCCAAAUGCUAUACUGUGUCACGGUGAUGCAAGUCUCUAAUAUUUCUUAGUUUUUGCUGAUUGCUAAGGGAAGUAACAGUAUUCCCACAGUAGGGUUCAAGUUACUGCAAAAUUACCUACCGCAGUUCAUCUCCGCUGAACAUUUGGAAACCAUGCACUAGCAAACCCAACUGACUUCUUCUAGGUAGAGGCAUUUGUCUUAGAAAGAGAGAGAGAGAGAGAGAAAGAGAGAGAGAGUGCGCGCGCACAAUGAGAGAGAACACAGGAGAGAGAGAAUGAGAAAGGAAAAGAAUGCAAGAGAAGGAGAGGUAAUGGUAGAGUGUGCUGGUGAGAUACCCAGAGAGAAAGAGACAGAGCAAGGUGGGGUAAGGAGGAGAAAAUAACCAGCACUUAGGGCUGCAUUUUUGCAGGCAGUCUGUAUUCUAUAGUCUACAUAGGCAAAGUUCUCAACUUGUGUCAGUCUGAGUCAUCAAAAAGGGUCUUCAUUUUCUGAAACAAGUUAGCUGGAAGGAAACCGAAAGAACAAAACUUGUUAUGAGGGCAUGUGAGAUUUUCACGCCUUAAUUAAGCUCCUUCAGUUUGAAGGCUGCACACUGACAUGAUGUAGUGAGCGCAGACUGGAUGCGCGAGUGGUUUGAGCCCCAUUCCGAACUCUCAGACUCUUCCGACACACGAGUAGAUCGAUCUAAGGCAUGCUCCCAGCAUUUGUCCACCCAGUUAGUCCACUCGGAGUCACUUCACCUGCAUGCGGAAACACCCCAGUCCACCCCAAUUAACAAGCAAAUACCAAAGCGGUUGGGAGUACACACGGUAGACAAUUUGCCUUAGAAAGUGACUUGAAUGUACAAAGAUACUUGAUGCACUUAUUUUUUAAUGUGAGACCGCAAGUUUAUAAAACAUCCAUGUAGGAUUAUAGAUACUCCAGUUAAAGGAGCAAGUGUGUGCGCGUGUGGGGGUCCUAGAAGCUGAUCUGAUGGGUGCAGCGGUUUGAGGCUGAGUCAUGUGUGUUGAAUACCACCUCAGUGCACCUGUGGCCCCUCAGCCAAACAAGUUGAGCCUUUCAUAGCUUCUUUAACUACUGCAAGUUCCAAGAUUGAAAUGGCUUCUAAGAUCAGGACUGGGAACACAGUGAAUCUUAAUGGUGGAAGAGGUUCUCGGCAAGUGUACAGUAUUUACCUUCCUUUGUCUUACAUUGGCUUUUUUUUUUUAAUUUUCCAUUACUUUCUGCAUAAUUAUGGGAUCAAGUGUACAGAAGUUUUUUUUUUUCCUAGAUAUGUGAGAACUUUUCAUAGAUGAAAUUUUUAACAAAUGUUUUCAUUUACAGGAAAAUGCAAAGAAAAUUUCAAGUGACAGUCUUUUUUUUUGAAGUUUUUCAUAAGACAAAAUAAUGUUUCUUGAAGUUCUGGUGAGGUUGAAGUCUGAUAGUGCAGUAAUAGUAUUUAUUAAAACCCAUAACUACCAGGAAUAGUGAUACCUCCCACCCCUUGGUUCCCCUAACAUAAAAAUCUGAGUACGUGUUAUUUGAGAGUGGGGGAGAAUGGCACGGUAGGCUACUUUUCCAGGCCUUUGCAAGUAUAUCACUCUGUGGUAUUCUACAUCCUUCUUUCAAGACCUUUAAUCAUGAGGUAAAAGAGUCAAGACAAGUUCAAAGAACCCUGGCAAAAAUUUGCUUUGGGAUUUUCUUUUCUGGAAAAAAAAGUAGAAGAAAUAAUUCACUGAAAGCAAACGAAUUCUCGUCUCCAACGAUUCAUCACAUAGAGUUCAGAGAUUAUUUCCAUCAUUGUCGUUAUUGAACUAUGAUGAACCUGGAAGCCAGAUCAUGAUUUAAACUGAUGUCAAGUUUCAAGUUGCAGAUCGAUGCACCCAGUGUUCAGAUGUGGCAAACUUCUCAGUGACAACUGUGCUGUGCUCUGUCAUGUUGUGUUUCCUGCAGACUCUUAAGAUCUACAGAGUAGUGAACAAUGACCUCAUUUUAUUUUCUAUGUUAGUUAUUUAUUUCAAAAUUAACAUUUUAGUUGAUUUUUGUCUGAUAAGUGUAUGUUUUGCACUGCUAACUACUAUGAGGGUUUAAACAAUGCUUCUUCAGGUCCCUUCACAGAGGACCUAUGCAGUCUACUUUAAUGCUGUGAAUUACAUUUUUCAAAUGUUUUAAUUUUUUUUAAAAAAAUUAAUAUUCUGUUUUUUUUAGGCUUCUCUAGAAAUGCAACUUUUAUUUAUUACCCCAUUUCUUUAGAGUCCUUAAGAACGACACAUUGAUAAAGGGUACAAAAAAUUCACACAAAACGGAAACUCGUUGUGACAAAAUGGAUUUUACGGAGUAUAAACUUACCUACUUCAUACUUAUUUUAUGAGACAACCUAAGAUACUCAUGGUGAUUUACUGAUUAGUUGAGUUGGUUAGGUCCACGUAAUACAUGGGAAGAGAAACUGAUUUCCAGCCUUCUUGCCAAAUCCAGACCUCUGCUUGAUUUUUCUUUGACAGAAGAUGGAAUUAUUUUCCAGUUUUCCAAAUUAAGUUUAUUUAACAUGUGCAUUAUUUUGCUUUUUUAAAAAAAACACAAACGUUUUAGAGAAUUAUAGCCAAUCUUCAAUUGUAACCAUUCUAUCCUACUCCUUUAUUUUUCUUCUUUUUUGUUAUGGGAUUUAAUGGUAAAAAUAUACAAAAGCUGUCACUGGUCAGCUGGCUCUUUUUCCUAUGAAACCAACUAUACCUUUUUCCAUCCAUUGUUCUCAGUGAUGACCACAGAGCUUGAGUAUACCAGGAAAGUCAGCAUUGCAGGUUGCUCCUGUCCUUCCAGACACCUUUCCUACCUGUGUGACUAACCUAAUUUUGCUAGUUCCAUAAAUACACAAUUAGUUUAGUAACAGCCAUCACAAUGUACCAUGUACAUUCAUGGUGAGGGCUAAAGAUUGACACAGACUUCUAGGAGCUUUAUUCAUACUGAUUACUUAAUCCAAUUGUACAGAUUGAAUAUUUGAGUGAAAGGAAUUGACACUCUGUUUAAAUGAUGAGACUCCAUCGAGAGGGCACUCAUGAUCAUGAACUUUUGGUAGUAUUCUUAAGCAAAAUUCUACAGAGACUAAAUGUUAGAGAUGAUCCUCCACUUUCAAUUUUAACCAAUUCUAUCCCCUUUCUCAAAACCCAACCCCCAUGCAUGCUUUCUCAGUCUUGUGGUGGGACUGGAUACAAUGACUGACACCCCCCCCCCCCAACGCCAUUUUCCAUGGAGUUCAAAAAAAAAUUUUUUUUUUAAACCUUACAUAUCCUAGUGAAUGGUUUCCCCAGUGUAUAUGAAUGUUUUAAGUGUCUCCAAUAGCUUAUGCAGUUUAGGAGCUUUUCAAUACUCAUUUAAUAAGAUUCAGUCAUUUGCUAAUGAAAAUUCUACCACCUUCCAUUUUCUAUUACCAAAUUUCAGCUCUCAGGAGCUGCUCUACAAUUCUGAAAUUGCUUUUCUUGCCUCUCUUUAGUCACCUGUCACAGGAGGUUCUUGCUCGGUAAUGAUAUUGUGAGUUAGAUUAAUAACUUUUUUUUAAUUUUGUGCUUCAGAUUUAGAAGAAAAGAUUUGUUUCCAUUUGAAAGGAACUGUAAGCUUUUAUCUUCUAACCAACUGAACAACACACCAAAAGCAGCCUAGGGAUGAGCAUUUCUUUGAAAGCAAUUAGGUUAUUCACCUGGUAUUUAAACUAUUGAUUAUUAAAAAAAAAUCUGACUCUAUUCAUUUAAAAGGCAGCAUCAAAAACUGAAAAGGAAGGAAAAAAAAUAAAUAGCUUCUCUGCACUCGUUUGGAGCUCCCCAAACAGGAGCCAUCAUGAUGAGGCAUCAAGACCGGGCUGCCCCUUUGAGAACACUGUGCAGCCGUCCUGAGUCGUGCGUACCUGCGCUGCAUGCAGCCUUCUCUUUCCGGCCCUGGAAGGAAGCGGUCUUGAGCCUGGCGGAGAAGCACCUCCACUCCUCUCUCUUGUUCUGAAUGGUGUUUGUGUCAGUCUGCAGCUGUGUAUGGUAUUAUGUCUUAUAAUCCUGCAUCACUUCUAUCCUAUCCAGUCAUAUCUAAUGUAGAAAAUUAGUUUUCAGUGAAAGUAAUAUGUAGUGCUUUUAUGAUAUUUGUGUGCAAUAUCCCCUCUUCCAUUGAGGAUAUUUGAUGUAAAAGAAAAAAAAAAACUCAGUUCCACAAUAAAAUACAAAAGUGGCAAAA